ACCGGAAAGCGGAAACGGAAGCUCAGUCCAGGUUGCGAUGGCGACGGCUUCGGAAUUGCCGGACUGCCUUCUAGUGGAAAUUCUGUCCUUCGUUCCUCUCCGGGACCGACUCCGGAGCUCCAGGGUGUGUAAGCGCUGGCGGAGGCUGGUUCUGGACAAAGCUUUAUGGAAAACUUUGGAUCUGAGUCCUUACAGGGUUGGGCCCAAUGUGCUAUGGCAGCUCCUGCGCCAGUACUUGGGCCCGGGGCUGAGGACCUUCAAGGUUCGAGGUCGCCUGUUCUCCGAGCCCCGGGCCUCGCUGCUGUCCCCUGCCCUGCUGCAGGAGCUGGGGAAGCGCUGCCCGAACAUGGCCUAUCUCUGCCUUCUGGAAGAGGACCUUCGCAAAAUUCCCUUCUCCUGCCUGCCCCGUUCCCUUCGAUGCCUGGAACUACAGUCGUGUGAGCUUCCCCAGACCUGGUUUCCCCCAGGGAAUGGCCCCUCCAGCUUGCCCCAUCUUGAGCACCUGAUACUGGACCGGGUCCCUGCUUUCUCAGACAUGCAACUACAGGCCCUGUCUAGGCAAGGAGCGCUGUGCUCCCUGGUGCUGAGGGUCACCUACAGGGUGACCCGAAAGGGUUUUCAAGACGCCUUUCCUGGCCUCAGCAGCCUCCAGGAGCUGGAGCUCUGUGGAUGCUCUGUGCCUGCUGAUGGGGCCCUACAGGCCAUAGGAGGCUUCCUGCCCAGACUCCGGGAGCUCAGGGUAACUGUGAUUGGGCUCACGGCCAGGGGAAUGGCCAUUCUGGUGGGGAUGAAGGCUCUAGAAAUUCUUGGCCUCCUGGGACCACCCCCUAGCCCUCAAGAGCUUUCAGCCAAGGAUAUCCUCACUUUCUGUCUCAAGUUGCCAAACCUCAGGGUCCUCAGCCUUCAAGGCAUGGAAAUGGAGUCAUCAGAUGAGGCUAUUCUUAGGGAGGGACUGAGCAACUGUACAGUCACUGUUGGGGAUCUCCCCUUGGAAGGCUGGGAAUCAGAAGGUCUAAGUUGACAGCCUUCACACCAGAAUUAUUCAGGUUCGACUUGGAAGUAAUGGUGAAGGAACUCUACUACUAUGUGACCCUUGGGCAAGCUCUCUGAACCUGUAAGAUAACAGGAUUGGGUUUGAUAAUGGCUAAAGGCCCUCAUAACUCUUAACUCCUUUUUUUUUUUUAAACCCUUACCUUCUGUCUUAGAAUCAAUUUCAAUAUUGGUUCCAAGGCAGAAGCACUAUAAGGAUUAGGCAGUAGUUGUGAUUUGCCCAGGGUCACAUAGCUAAGAAGUGGUGGAGGCCACAUUUAAACCCAGGACUUCCUGUCUCUCUUAAAUCCUGUACUCUUAAAAGAGAACUCUGGCUGAGUUCCAGGGUCUUUAAACAUUUAUACUAGGAGGUUCAGAGAGAGCUAAAGCUUUGGAAACUUAUCAGUAGCUCCUCCAGUCUUUCCUCUUUACUUCCACUCUCACCCUUUCUUCCAAGGAGGCAUCCUCAUCCCUAGGGACAGAGGGCAGGGAGCAUUUAUGGUCAAAGGUUGCCCAGGAAUGAGUUUGACAGUCAGGGCACGUUUGAGACAUUUCAGCCUGUCUGGAUUUUGGAUAAUGGCAUUCAGGGUGGAAUGAGGGUGCAAGGAACUGGAGCUGAUGGUUGGAAUCCCCUCUGGCUGGGGUUGGUUGGCCAUCCUUGUCCUGACUCUUUGGCCUGGCCUUGAGUAAAGAAGCCCAGUCAUGGACCUGGGCAGAAGGUGCCAGUAUUAUUCUUUCUCAUCCUCCUCUUCUUAGGGCCUGGUGGAGUGGACCUGUCCCAGCUGUGCUCCAUUUCAUCCCCUAUUCCCCUGGUACUUAAAUUGGGAAACUGUGUCCUAGAAACUUUCACCCUAGAAUUUCUGAAAUGUCUGCCCUGGGGCCUGCUGUCAUCAUAGGUAGUUAGUGGCCUCCCUUAUCCCACAAUUUUAGGCAGGAUCCAGCCUUGCUUCACUACAUGCAUAUACACACACACUCUCUCUCUCUCUCUUUCUCCCCCCCCCCCCCCCCCCCCACACACACACACAGACACCAUCACCUGUGGCCAUCUGGAUAGGUUCACUCACCUGUAAUCUUGUAGCUAACUCUAAGGAUACCCACACCAUGCCUUCCUUCUAGAACCAUAAAUUCAUCCCUGCUAUAGUUCUUAGGAGUGUGUUGAUUUAUUCCUUUAGGUCUCCAUUCACCAUCUCUGUAACCUUCCAGACCAAAGUGCCCUUCUCCAGUACAAUGUCAGCUUCUUGAAGAAUGGGGCUGUCCUUGUUUUUCUAUCCCUAGUGCUCAGCAGUGAUAUUGUAACAAAUGCUUUUGAACACAAUCAUUCCUUCAAAAAGUUUAGAUCACUAGCCUAGUUCUUCAUGCAAAAAUGCCUCAUGCCUACAACUCUUGCAUUAUUCACUUUUUUUUUGCCUCACACUAGGGUCUCAGUAUCCUGGGCUGUUUUGGGGAGGAGGAGUAGGCUGGACCUGCAGAUUUGGGAUCAGUGGGAGUUCUUUGUGAGCCACUUGAGUUAGGCUUAGAAUCUCUGAAAGAGUUACUCGAUUAGUCCACCAGCAAGCAUUUGUUAAAUAUCUACUAUUUGCCAGCACUGGGGAUAGAAAAGAAAAUGAUGAACUGAGACCCUGCUCUCAAGGAGCUUGCAUUCUGUAGAAAAAUACAACAUAUAUGUAAGUAAAUCAAGUCAUUGUCAUCAGAACUGGAAGAGACCCUGAAAUUACUUUAAAGUACUCAUUCAGUCAGCAAACUAACUUCCUAGGUUUACUGACUGGCUUUGGGGAAAGGGGGGAUUAGGAGAUUACAAAACCCUUUUCCAGUGACUUAGACACAUUGAUAUGAAGAGUAAAAGGAUAUUAGAAAAGUCUAAUAUGGGUGUAUAGGGAGCUCCUCAGUCCAGGCUGAAGAAUGCCCUCAAAGGGUGGAGGUGAGGGACUUGGCAGAAGAAGAAUAUGGAGUAAUUUGUUCCUUCCCAAGAGGAACCUCAGAGCCUGAAGCUGAUGGAACCCAAGGUGGAUGUCAAUGAACACUAGAAGAAAAGCAACAAUGAGCUGAAAAAUCAGAUCUCCAACCCUUUUCUGUGCCUGUCUACCUGAAAGAUAAGUAGGAAAUGAGAUUGGGAGAAAUGGAAAUUUGAGCAGUUGAUGUUCUGAAAUGCUUCAUUAGUUAGGCUUUUCUGUGUGAGACUGUUUUUACAUUUAAUAUGGGAUGGGAGGGUGGGGGUGGGGUGGGAGUGCUAGUGCUAGUGCUAGGGAGUUGUAAAGUGAGAGUGAGUGGCAUUUAUGGAUUUAGAGAUUAGAUCCUUUGGCUCAAGGACAGGGGAAUUAUUUGAAUAUUGGACACUAGAAGUCCUUCUCUCCCCUCUCCCCUCAAAUGUUUGUGGAGAGAAUACCAAGGGAAGAGAAGAGUUUGUAUUAUAGUUGAUAUUACUCCACCUUCUCUGCUCUUGCCCCAAGACUUUCCUAUUUAAACCGAACUUUUAAAAAAAUCCUCUAACUUAGAACUUUGGUCUAUUUCAGAGCAGGAAACUGGGGCCAAAAUCAAAACAGGGUUUGUUCAAGGUCAUAGCAUUGUAAUACUCUAGUGAUCUUUCUCACUUAUUAUGCCAAAUUGUGGGAAAUGGAGCAGAACUGAGAGGAAGUUUGUCUUUUUUAUCUCUUUUCUCAGACCACUUUUGUCUGUCCUAAGACCUUCAAAACCCACAUUCCAGCAUCCACAAACUAAGGGUAGAAGUAGGGAUGUUAUUUACUUGGCUUAGGAACAGUCACAAAAAUCCCUAUUAAUUAGACUAUCAGAGUAGGAAGAGAUCUUAAAGUCAUUUCUCAGAGAAUAUACCUGACUUGUCCCAGGUUAUACAGCAAAUUAAUAGAAGAGUUGGGGCCAAAAGUAAGGUCUUUCAUUCCCUAGCCUAUUUCUCUUCUAUAUCAUGCUACCUGUGACUCCCUUCAGUGAUCCUACAGGUCUGUUAAAGGAUUUUCCUAGACCAUCCAAAGCCAAGACCACCUUGAGAGAGCCAAUUCUUUGAGAGCCUCAGUAGGAAGAAGAUUAUCUGAGUGCCAUAUGUCUACAAGAACAUUUCUUUGUGCAUACCCUUUUUCUGAUUGUGAAUAAAAGUGUUAAAAUUCGA